AUGGACAAAAUGGAACUCGAUAUGUCGACCCGACUCACUGGCAAGCAGUCUUGCACCAGAGAGUACCUCCAGUUAACUGAAGACACGUCACCAGAGGAAGAAGAAGACGAAAACCAUUGUCUUCCAGAAAUCUCCGGACCGGUACUUUUAUUUGGAAAUGCAAUCUCAACUUCAAAGGAUGAUCUACUCGAUGCACUUCCUCCGAGGACUGUGGCUGAUCGACUGGUAUCCUCUUAUUUGAACUCGAAAGAGGCUACCCUCGUGAUCACUCAUAUACCCACAUUUACCAAAGAAUACGCGGAGUUCUGGAAGAACCCACCAGCGGCAUCCAUCAAUUGGCUCGCAUAUAUUUUUAGCAUUCUCUGUGCGGGCACGGGAUUGCAACUUUUUUCUACGGCGGGUCGAGUCGAUGGUGACCUCUCAGAAACAUUUGCUGAAUACCACCGAAUCGCGUCACAAUGCUUGACUAUGUCAAAUUACACAUCACCUGGACGAUACAAAAUGGAAGCUGUCAUUUUGAACGUUGCUAUGGAGAUCCUGAGAAGCACUGACAACCAUGUUGGCCCCUCUGUUCUCCUCGGUUUGGCAAAUCGACUGGCAAUGCAUAGUGGCUAUCACAGAGAUUCCAAACAUUAUCGUGAGAUAUCAGUUUUUGAUGGUGAAAUGCGCCGUCGUGUUUGGAUGUCCUUUCGCCUUCUUGAUCAUUACAUCUCCCUUCAAGCUGGCCUCCCGCCUUCAACAACACAAUCCCAAACUGAUACCGAAGAGCCUCGAAAUCUGGUUGAUGAAGACCUAGAUCCAGCGAUGACAACUCUUUCUCCAUCUAGACCUUCCACAGAGAUAACACCAAUGCUGUUUCCAAACACUUUGAAUCGACUAAUGUUCAUGGAUGCGGAAAUCAUGAGCGAGGUCUGCUCAGUGAAAGGAGUUCCCUACAAGGAAGUCUUACAGCUCGAUACUAAAUUGAAAGCGCUCCACGCAAUGACUCCACCCCCGCUGAGAUACCGCACAAUAAGUGAAUCAAUUGCAGAUUCGCCUAAUACAAUCAUGGACCGCUAUAAUAUCGACUUGAUAUAUCAGAAGUGCCGAUGUGAUCUGCACCGCAGAUACUUGGCCCAGCAUCGCAUGGAUCCUGCAUUCGCAUAUUCCCGGAAGGAGUGCUUGGAUGCUGCUAGGGCCGUGCUACAGCACCAGUCCGACAUUUUCGAGUCUAGCUCCGUGUCCUCAUUCUUCUUCUCACCGAUCGUCGCCACACACUUCCGCUCCGCUGCGAUGAUCGUUUCUUUGGAGAUAUCAUGCCAGUCUCGGUAUGAUUUGAAACAAAACCUGUCACCCAGUGACCGACAGAUAAUUAUCAAUGAGCGGCAUCAGCUCUCGCAAGAGAUCGAGAGAGCCUUUAAUAUCUGGAAUCAGCUGCGCCAACAAUCGAAGGAAGCGUCAAAGAUGGCUCAAGCGCUCAGUAUCAUGCUCAAGGUUACAAAUACCCAUCUACAGCAUGGAGAUACCCCAGAGCAAGUAGUCUUGUUCAGUCCCAACGCGGAAAUCCAAGAUGGUGAGUUUUUCCCAAUCGAGUCACACUUGUCCCCCCAAUCCCCCCCAGCCCCUUCAGUCAUACCCACGCCGCAGUCCCAAGAGUCUCAGUUAUAUGGUCAAAAUGAAUAUAGCCCAUUAGACGUCGAUUUGAUGGAUGCUACUUUCUACCUCGGCCAAGACCAAGACCCUACUUCACAACCUUCUGGUGGGUUUUUUGCGGGCUCUGCAGGCAUAGUGGACUUCUAUGACCGGUAUUGGGAUAAUUUAAUGCUGCUCGGUGAUGAGCAACCUCUCAUUGAUAUUCAGCAGAGCGGAAGUAACCAGCCCGGUCUUGAAGGAGGUUCUUUCUAG